UCUUUAAUCUAGAAAUUAUAAAAUUAUAUUUUUACUAAAGGUUUGAGAUGAUUAGUUUAACAGUAAUUAAACACAACUAGUUACAUUUGCUGUUACUAAUAUAAUUAAUAAAUUAAUUUAAAGUACAUCACAAAUAUGGACGUAUUAAAUAAAUUUCGUUCUACGGUCACAAGUACCAUGUCACAGCUUUCUACAGUUCUUCCUGGUAAUCCAGUCACAAGAGAAUAUGAAGCAACAAAUCACAUAGCCAGUGCUGGUGGUGGAUUACUAUGGAAGAUUUAUAGUGGAUAUAAAAAAUCAACCCAACAACCUGCAUCUAUAUUUGUGUUAGAAAAACGGCAAUUAGAAAAAUGGUCUAAAAAUGAAAGGGAGCAUAUUAUUGAAUUUAUAAAAAAGGGUAUUGCUCAGUUAACUAGACUUAGACAUCCUCAAAUAUUAACUGUUCAACAUACAUUAGAAGAGUCUAGAGAAAGUUUGGCAUUUGCGACAGAACCUGUGUUUUGUAGUUUAGCUAAUAUACUUGGUAAAUUAGAAAAUACUCCACAACCAAUACCAAAAGAUUUACAAGACUACAACCUAUAUGACAUUGAUAUAAAAUAUGGUUUAAUGCAACUUGGCCAAGGCCUUGUGUUUUUACACAAUGAUGCCAAAUUACUUCAUCAUAAUAUUUGCCCAGAGAAUGUUAUUAUAAAUCAACAAGGAGCUUGGAAAAUUUUUGGAUUUGACUUUUCUUUACAAUGUGUUAAUCCAGCAGAUCCUUCACCUAUGUGGCCUAAUUGGGAAUAUAAAAUGGAUAUUCAUCCUUGGGCACAACCAAAUCUUGAUUACUUAGCUCCAGAAUCCAGCUGUGGUCAAAAUCAAAACAAAUCUAAUGAUAUGUUUUCUUUAGGAAUGUUAAUUUAUUCAAUAUAUAAUAAGGGAAAUACACCUUUACAAUCAAAUCAUGAAUGGUCCAUGUACAAACGUAACAUAAAUGAAUUUAAAAAUACUACACCCAAGUUAUCUUGUGUAGCAGAUGGACUAAAAGAACCAGUGAGAAAUUUAUUGAAGUAUGAACCUAAACAUAGACUCGAUGAGCAUGAAUUUUUAAAAAUAGAUUUUUUUAAUGACGUUGGAGUAAAAACAUUAAGUUAUUUAGACUCACUUUUUCAAUGGGAUAAUUUACAAAAAUCUCAAUUUUAUAAAGGAUUACCCCAAAUAAUGGAAAAAAUGCCUCAUAGAAUAUGUGUUCAUAGAAUACUUCCAUGCCUUAUGAAAGAGUGUGUGAAUCCUAUUAUGAUACCAUUUGUUUUACCUAAUAUUUUUUAUGUUUGCGAAAAUUGUUCAAAAGAAGAAUUUAUUAAUCAUGUGUUACCAAGCUUAAAACCUAUUUUAAAGGUUCAUGAACCAAUUCAAAUUCCUUUUAUAUUUCUUCAAAAAAUGGAACUUCUCUUAAAACUAGCUCCAUCUGAAGAUAUAAAGUCUGAUAUAUUACCAAUGUUGUACAAAUCUCUUGAGUUAGAUUCAAAACCUGUCCAAGAAACUUGUCUCUCUGUAAUACCAUCCUUAGCAGCUCUCGUAGAAGGACCUGCUAUGAAAAAUUCAUUAUUACCAAGAAUAAAGAAACUUUGUUUAUCGUCAUCAGAUCUUUCUGUACGUGUCAAGUGUCUUGUUUGCACUGGAAAAUUGGUUCAAUAUUUAGAUAACUGGAUAGUAUUAGAUGACAUAAUUCCAUUUUUACCACAAAUACCAUCAAAAGAUCCUGCUGUGAUUAUGGGUAUAUUAGGAGUAUAUAGAAUCAUACUGUCUGACAAAAAAAUUCAUAUAACUAAAGAAACAAUGGCUCAAAGCAUGUUACCAUUUUUAAUACCAAUGUGUAUAGAAAAUACAUUAACUAUAAACCAAUUUAAUUCAUUAAUAACUAUUGUAAGAGAAAUGAUAACUAAUGUUGAAACAGAACAUCGAGCAAAAUUACAACAAUUGUAUGAUCAAAAAAGAACAAUAUCUAAUGAUAUAAUCUUGGAAAAUGGAAAUAUAAAUGGUGAUUUUCAGUUUGAGACAUAUGCUGAAAAUUUAUCCACUAGAAUUCCUGGCUUAAAUGAAUUUACAAAUAUUUCUUCUCAAAAUCUUACCAAACCCAAGUCAAUAAAGUCGUAUGAUCUUUAUCAAACAGUCCAGCAAGAUCUGAACCCUAUCCAAAGUAAUCUAUGUAAAGCCAAAAUGCCAACACCUAAAGAUCUUACAUCAACUUUAAUUGAUUCAAAUUUAAGCCAAAUAAGUUUUAAUAAUCAUACAAACUCUACCACAUCAUCUUUAUCACAAAUGAAAAUUUCAAGUUCUCAAAGUAAACCCAUGUCUUUACAAAGCUCCACUAAUGAUUGGAAUGAUUUAUGGAUAAAACAAGAAGAAAACCAACAUCAAGUUAAACAACUUUCUUUAUCAGAUAUUAAUGAUUUAUUAAGUUAAUAGCUAUUAUUGACAUUUAUUAUCUCGUUUUAAUUUCUAUGAUUCUAUGUGUAUAAAAAAAUAUAUUAGGUUAUUAUGAUGUUUUAACUUAUUAUUUUGAUA